AUAGCAGACACGCAGAGGCGAGACACUUUGUAACGUGACCACAUUUGAAAAUAUAAAAAAAAAACGGACCAGAGACCACCGCCCUGGGAAAGAGCACACGUUCUUGAGGAACUCUUGCUCUUAAAACCUGUCGAGUCAGGUGAUCAGCUGCAGGAUUUUGACAUGCGCAGCUUUAAAACAUAACUCUGCAAACAGCCCUGCAGUGCAAAUUCUCCACCAGUUGCGAGUUCGUGUUUGACACCUUGGACCAGCAAAACUGCUUAUUUCUAUCGACGUCGAAGCCCCGCCCCUCCGGAAUCACGUUGCUUAAAUCGCGGGGAGAUGGAGAACGUGCACCUCGCGCUGGAGGAGGACGAUCUGUACUCGGGCUACAACGACUAUAAUCCCACGUUUGACUCGGAUGCGUUGGAGAAUGAUGUGGGCUUCCAGCAAGCAGUCAGGACAAGUCAUGGAAGACGACCCCCGAUGACGGCCAAGUUUCCCGGCACUGCCAUUGGAGCUCGGCCUUUAGCUUCUUCUUUUGGAUCUCGGAUCCCUCUGACGUCUUCGAUGGGCCGACCCAUGACUGGAGCUGUGCAGGAUGGAGCCGCCCGACCAAUGACUGCUGUCAGAGCCGCAGGUUACACCUCCUCCAUGACCCGUGGCUCAACUUUUGACCCUCUGGGUCAGUCCAAAGGCCCCGCCCCUCCACUUGAAACAAAGAACGAGGACACGCCCGAGGAGAAGAUCAAGAGCCUGGAGAAGAAAGUGAACGACCUGAUAGAAGAGAGCUGCAUGGCACAGAGCAUGGGAACCUUACUGCUGGCUCUUGAGAAAGCCAAAGAGGCAGGGAGGAAGGAGAGAGCACUGGUGAGACAGAGGCAACAGUCUGGCUACGCGGACCAGAUCAAUUUAGACCUCACCUACUCGGUUUUGCUCAACCUUGCCAACCAGUACGCGAACAACGACAUGUACCCAGAGGCCCUGAACAGCUACCAGGUCAUUGUGAAGAACAAGAUGUUCAACAAUGCAGGCAGACUGAAAGUCAACAUGGCCAACAUCUACUUCAAACAGAAAAACUACCCCAAGGCAAUUAAGUUCUACCGCAUGGCACUGGAUCAGAUCUCCAAUGCACACAAGGGAAUGCGGAUCAAGAUCCUGCAGAACAUCGGCGUGGUCUUCAUCCGCAUGGGCCAGUACUCGGACGCCAUCACAUCCUUUGAGCACAUCAUGAGCGAGAGCCCCAACGUCAAGACGGGCUUCAAUCUCAUCCUGUGCUACUACGCCAUCAGCGUCAAGGAGAGGAUGAAGACGGCCUUUCAGAAGCUCAUUUCGGUCCCUCUGGGCAUCGACGAUGAAGACAAGUACAUUCCGACAAAUGACGACGCCAGUUCCAACAUGGUCAUCGAGGCCAUUAAGAACGACAAGCUUCACCAGAUGGAAAGAGAUCUAAAAGCACUGGCGGAGAAGUACAUCAUGACAGCAGCCAAGCUCAUCGCUCCGGCCAUCGAGAAUUCCUUUGCUACUGGAUUUGACUGGUGUGUGGACACGUUGAAGAGUUCUCAGUAUGUUGAGCUCGCCAACGACCUGGAGAUCAACAAGGCCAUCACCUAUAUCCGACAGAAGGACUUCAACCAGGCAGUUGAAACCCUGAAAACAUUUGAGAAGAAGGACAGCAGAGUGAAGAGCGCUGCAGCCACCAACCUCUCUUUCCUUUACUUCCUGGAGAAGGACUUUGACCAGGCGGACCGCUACGCUGAUCUCGCCAUGACCGCCGAUCGCUACAACCCAGCGGCACUCAUCAACAAGGGCAGCACCGUGUUCGUCAAACAGGACUACGAAAAGGCCGCAGAGUUCUACAAAGAAGCACUGAGGAACGAUUCCUCCUGCACCGAGGCCCUCUACAACCUGGGUCUGUCAUAUAAGAAACUGAAUCGUCUGGAGGAGGCUCUGGACUGCUUCCUGAAGCUCCACGCCAUUCUGAGGAACAGUGCCCAGGUCAUGUACCAACUGGCCAACCUCUACGAGCUUCUGGAGGAUCCUCAACAGGCGAUCGAGUGGUUGAUGCAGGUCAUCAGCGUAAUUCCCACCGACCCCCAGACACUGGCCAAGCUGGGGGAGCUGCAUGACGGCGAGGGGGACAAGUCCCAGGCUUUCCACUACUACGACGAGUCCUUCAGGUACUUCCCCUCCAACAUCGACGUGAUCGAAUGGCUCGGGGCGUAUUACAUCGAGACUCAGUUCUGUGAAAACGCCAUUCAGUACUUUGAGAGAGCGACACACAUACAACCAACACAGGUGAAGUGGCAGCUAAUGGUGGCGAGCUGCUACAGAAGAAGUGGAAACUACCAGAGAGCUCUGGAAACCUAUAAAGACAUCCAUCGCAAGUUUCCAGAAAAUGUGGAAUGUCUGCGCUUCUUGGUGAGGCUGUGCACGGACAUGGGACUGAAGGAAGUCCAGGACUACGCCACCAAGCUGAAGAAGGUGGAGAAGAUGAAGGAGAUCAGGGAGCAGAGGGUGAAGUCGGGACGGGAGGGCAGCGCCAGAGGUCGGAGGGAAGGCAGAGAGGGCAGCGCCGGGAGUGCGGACAGCAGCCACAGCGGCAGCAGCACCAGAGGAGAGCGUCUGAGCGCCAAGAUGAGGUCACUUCCUGCCUCCAACGAGCCCUACGAGGCCAGCAGCCCCAAAGAACUGGACGCGUCCUACGUGGACCCGCUGGGGCCUCAGAUGGAGCGACCGAAGACGGGAGCCAAGAAGCGCGUGGAGGACGACGACUUCGCGGAUGAGGAGCUGGGAGACGACCUGCUGCCGGAGUAGCCGCUCCAACGCUCCAACGCUCCGCCUCCGAUUUGACUUCUUCUCUCGGGCAAGAGCACAACAACAGAAACAACAUUUUAAACUCUGCUCUUCAGGGGGAAAAAAAAGGAGUCGGAUGUGUUACAUCUUUUACAUGACGUUACAGUCAUUUAGCUUUUGUCCAGAGCCACUUACAGUAAGUGCGUUCAACCACGAAGACAGAAGAAGACUGAUGAGAGAACAUUAAUUAACGGGCAAAAAGAGCUUCCAAGUGCUGCUUUUUAGAUUCAUUUUUUGGUACUGACGCAAGGACUAAGGUGCAGUCGGAACAUCUGAGUCACUUUGCGAAGGCAAAUAUUUAUUCAUAUCCAUUUCAAAUGUUCUUCGAGAAGCUUCUCACGAUGAAGUCGUAGCUCUGCUCUCCAGCAGGUUGAGUCUGAAACGAAAAACGACCGCAGCGAGGUUUAAAAGUGUCGAUGGACAUAAAUCGUCGUUACGUAAAAACUGUGUGGAAAUUAUCGAGACAUUUUCUUUGGACAAACUGUUCCAGCGAAGGGAGUAGAUAGAAUCGGGCUUCGAGUCCCGUGCACUUCACUCGACGCGGAUCGGAACGCUCGCCAAAGAGUCCCGAUAAGGAUGAAAUGUUGCGUCUUUAUCUUCACGUCAACUUUUCAUUUUGAAUCAUCCAGUGUUCGGGGCAACGAGCCAGACACAAUGAAAAACAUAAUGUAUAAUUUUUUUUUUUACAGCGCACAUGAUGUUUUACAUGUGUGAGCCUGAGAAACUGCUGUGGAGAAUCCAUCAUCAUUACAACAUUGACCAGAAUUAUGUAAUAUAUCGUACUUUUGUUCCAAUAAUUCCCUCUUCUCCGUGCACAUUUCUAAACCUAGAAACUUCAUUCGAACAUCAAAACGUUCGGCUCCAUUGGGGCAUUCCAGGUUUGUAUCCAACUCUAUUAUAACUGUCAUACUUUCCGAAAUAUUCAACGUUUUCGCGAUCGUUCAUUUCCCACUUUUCAUACUUUCAUAUCACCCUUCCAGCAUUCACACCGUGAUUCCUUCAGAAGUGGCCUUUUUUGGUUGUUUUUGUAUAAUAUUUAACUUUUCUAGUGUGUUCAUGGCUUUGUUGUCAAUAAUGUGAUAAAAAGAGAAACUAUUUAUCUAUUUAGAAGAAAAAAUAAAUCAACCUUCAGGUAAAAAA